AUGGCCUCGCAAGAAACGCCGGCAAGGACUCCUUCUAGGACUCCUCGCAGAGCAACCAGCGCUGAGCCUUAUUCUGCUCGCGCAUCUGUUCAUACUCCUCUCGAUCGUAUUGGCGCCCGCGAUUUCCGAGCCUCUCUUCGUCGAGGCACUCCUGCCUCUGCUGGCCGAUCCAAUGCGCCAACACCCCACGCCAAAGCCGCUCGCCGGCUUCUCGACCAACGGCGAACAGCAAUGUUUACUCCGGGAAAGAAUCGCAGACAAAGCAUGAUGCAACAGAGAGAAACUCCGUUGGAUGUUCUGCGACACCUCGGUCGAGCACUAGCACCCAAAAGCAAGCCGAUCCAAUAUUCUUCUUCUUCAUCUCCUGGAAUACGAAAAAGCUCAUCGCCAGCACAGCAGGAGCAAAGCAACCUUUAUGACGACGACGAAGACGAUGAUGACGAUGAAUUUCUUACUCGGCGGCCAAGACUCUCGUUGCCACUGGAUGAAGACGCUUCUAGUAUGAGCUCGGAAAUUCCACCACCGCGAUUGUCACAACUGGAUGAAGAUAAUUUCACAGUUCAAUCAAUUGAGAUGCCUCGACGAUAUGCGGAAAACCCAAGGUUGUCUCGGGGCAGCCCAGGAAGUGAGCGCAUAAGUGACUACUUCAACAACGAACCCACAGAAGAUAUCGGCCAACAGUCAGACUUUUUCCCUGGGUUUUUAGAAAACCUCGAUGCAAGAGCUGGCGAUGUCUCUUUAGAAGCAAGCAGAUUCGAGGCAGAUCAAACCCGGCGGAUGACCGAAGGUAGAGGAAGCGACUUUAACCUGGAUAUGCCCGAGGGUUUGGAUGAUCAAACAGUCUUUCAAAUGUCCGAUCCAGCCGACGUAGAGCAAACGUCUCCGAUUGUUGAUCAGUCGGUUGCAGAAGCCAGAGGGGAUGAAGCUCGUGAUCCUCAACAAAAUGUCGUAUUUGGAUCCGACUCCGAUGGUGGAGCAGGAGACUUUGGCAUGGACGGCUGGGACGAUGAGGGUAUGGACGAUCACAGCUCAAUAAAUGAAGAAAUGGAGCCAGCUAUGGAGCCAACGGCCACAGUCACGACACAUCACAUUCCCACUGAAGACAGACUACCUCGCGGGUUGAAAGCAAACAAAAAGCGAAAACGCAUCUCACAACACGGCAUCGAAUAUCCGUCACUCCCCCCAGCUUUUGUCAAGAGGGUGGCACAAACAGCUCUCCAAUCAUCAGGUCUAAGCAACCAACGUCUUUCAGCAGAGACGCUCGAUGCUCUCAUUCAAUCUUCAGAAUGGUUCUUUGAGCAAUUGGGCGAUGAUCUAGGAGCGUACGCGGACCACGCCAAACGCAAGACUAUUGAAGAGAGCGACGUCUUCACGCUCAUGAAAAGAUUGGACCUCGUUCUUCCAUCUUUUCUUUAG